CGUUCGCUUUAGCGGUUGUCUCGAGGAGCUUGGACACUAGAAUAUUUAGGAUAUCGUAAAGUAAAAAACAUACUAAUAAAAUUAAUAAUAUAGUAGCCAAUUUCUUGGUAUCUCUCUGGUGUUUGUAACUUCACACUGCAGCCGGUGGUAAUUCACGUUUUUGCACAAUGGCCUCUGCAGAGUUCAUCAAAGACCUUUGUACCCCAGCGCUGAUAGUUGACCUGGAUAUAGUGAAAAGAAAUGCUCAAAUCAUGCUGGAACGCUUCCAGAAACUGGGAGUCCAGCUCAGACCUCACAUGAAAACACACAAAACAUUGGAAUGUGCAGAUAUCAUGACUGGAGGCUCUCGCCGUUGCAUUGUGGUGUCUACUCUGGCUGAGGCUUCAUUCUAUGCAGAUAAUGGCUAUGAUGAUAUACUCUAUGCAUACCCGCUGCCAUUUGACAAAGUGGAGCGCUGCGCUGAGCUGUCCGAGAGACUUUCCCUAUUCCAUGUAGUGGUGGACAACCAGCAUGCUUUACAGGAACUGAAGAAGAGACCUCUGACGCAGGGAAAAGUCUGGAAGGUGUGGAUGAAACUGGAUUGUGACAAUGGAAGAGCGGGCGUCCCUCAUUUUGACCCAGCUGCCCUGCAUCUUGCCCAGGAGAUCUCGGAGAUGGCAGGGGUGGAGCUUACAGGAAUUUACGCCCACUGUGGGAACACCUAUGCCUGUCAGGGGGAGGAGCAAAUCAAAGCCAUUGCUCAGGAAACCACUACGCUAGUACUGCAAUUUAUGGAGAAGUUGAAGGCUGCUGGAAUACACGGUCCUAAAUCCAGCAUUGGCUCCACCCCGUCCUGUAGCCACCCAGUCCCAGACAUGGCCAUGUUAAGUGAGGUGCACCCCGGGAACUAUGUAUUUUACGAUGUGCAGCAGUCUCUCAUUGGAUCCUGUAGACUUGAGGACAUUGCAGUAAGGGUGCUGACGAGGGUCAUAGGUCACUACCCACAUAGGAACCAGUUACUGGUAGACUGUGGGUGGACAGCACUGAGUCAUGAUGGUGGCGGGCGUUUACCAACAGGAUAUGCCAUUAUUGAAGGGCACCCAGAGAUGAAACUGCUGUCUAUGACUCAGGAACACGGCAGGGUGGAGCCCAUCGCUGGAAAACUUGACUUCAGUCAGUUCCCCCUGGGGUCACUCCUCACACUCAUGCCUUACCAUGCAUGUGCCACCGCUAUGAUGCAUCCAGUUUAUUUUGUGCACUCUAAAGGGAAGAUAAUAAGUGCUUGGAAGCCCACUCGAGGCUGGUAACAAUCCCUAACAAAACUGUUAAAGGCUGCUAUGGAGAGGUGAAGUAUCUGCUUUAUGCUGAUGACCUUGUGCUACUGUCUCCUACUGAAGAAGGACUACAGCUGCAGCAGGACAUAGUCCAAAAAUACUGUCAAGAAUGGGCCCUAGCAGUAAACAUGAAGAAACGGCCCAAGUGUCAAGAAAACAAAUACCAGUUUACUAUGAAUAAUCAUUGAAUUGAACACAGCAUGAGUUAUACCUACCUUGGUAUAACAAUAACAGCAUCAGGGAGUUUCAACAUGGCAGUGAAUGCACUCAAAGAAAAAGCUCAAAGAGCCCUAAAUGCAAUUAAGUGAACAUUUUAUAAUCUGUCAUCCAGCCUAUUGCGCUGUAUGGUAGUGAAGUGUGGGGUCCACUCAGUCAUCACUGCUAAACACGCUGGGACAAACACCCAACAGAAUCUUUACAUUCUGCAGAUACAUCUUACGUGUACACAGAAAUACACCAACAAAUGCAUGUAGAGCAGAAUUAGGAAGAUACCCACUGAUAAUUAGCAUUCAAAAGUGAGCACCUACAUUUUGUAUUCACCUUAAAUCCAGCCCCAGAGACACCCUUCAAUCCAAGAGCUGAGCCCAGAAAAGAGUCUCCUACAUCAGUUGGUGCUGAGACUAAUCGUCCCCCCUCAAACACACUUUGACCAGUCUCACAUCAACAGUGUUCUCCAAACACUAAUCAGAGUAAACCAAAUUAUAUCGCAACGCACAGAAACCUAUCUGGAACAUUGGAAAGAAGAAACUAAAAGCCAAAGUCGAUCUGAAUGUUAUCUGGCCCUAAACAGAGAGUAUGAGUUGGCAAAAUAUCUCUUGACUGUCAGAGAUAGAAAACAGAGACAGACCCUAAAUAAAUACAGGCUCAGUGACCACACAUUGGUAAUUGAAACAGGAAGACACAAAAAAUCAUGGCAACCAAAAGAAAAGAGAAUAUGUGCUCACUGUUGGACAGGUGAGGUCGAGACAGAGAUGCACUUCCUCCUAAAAUGUGAAACGUACAGAGAAAUAAGGAAUGUUUACUUAAACAAGUUUAACUCUGAAUCUUCAGACUUUAAAGACCUAAAUACCUCAAAAUUACAAAUACUCCUAGGAGAAGGAGACAGGGCACAUCCUGAUGCCCAAUAUGUAUCAGCAUGCCACAACCUGAGGAACAGUGAAAGAUCUGGACAAACACACACUCACACACACAAUGUGAUGUGAUAUGUUCAAAUAAAUAAUGAUAAUAAUAAUUUAUAUAUUGCUGUUAUUUAUAUAUUACUAAUAAUUAUAUGAUAUACUGUCCACAU